GCCUCGCCGCAGGACAAGGAGAGCUGGAUGGCAGCCAUGCGGGACGCGGUGGCCGCAGCCCUGUCCAACUGCGGGGUGGCCGAACGCAUUUGGGAACCCGAACCCAACCGGAGCUGCGCCGACUGCGGGGCCCCGAAUCCCGACUGGGCUUCCAUCAACCUCUGCGUGGUCAUUUGCGACAGAUGCGCCGGGGAACAUCGGGCUUUGGGUCCCAACGUCAGCAAGGUGCGCAGCCUGAAGAUGGACAGCAGGGUGUGGAGCGAGGAGCUGAUCCAGGUCAGCCGCCAUCAUGGGGGGCCGGCAGCUCCGCCCCAUUGCGGGGGGUCGUCCGCGAUCCCAUUGUUGGGACCCCAUUGUUGUGACCCCAUUGUUGUGACCUCAUUGUUGUGACCCCACUGCUGUGACCCUAUUGAUGUGACCCCAUUGUUGUGACCCCAUCGCUGUGACCCCAUUGUUGUGACCCCACUGCUGUGACCCCACUGCUGUGACCCCAUUGUUGUGACCCCAUUGCUGUGACCCCACUGUUGUGACCCCAUUGUUGUGACCCCAUUGCUGUGACCCCAUUGUUGUGACCCCAUUGUUGUGACCUCAUUGUUGUGACCCCAUUGCUGUGACCCCACUGUUGUGACCCCAUUGUUGUGACCCCACUGUUGUGACCCCAUUGUUGUGACCCCA